UAAUAAAGGGGUCAAAUUCGCGACACUAUUUUUCCACGAACCCGAUCUUACAGGCCAUAAUUAUGGCCCAGAUUCUCAAGAAUUGAAAGAUAAAGUGAAGUACAUGGAUCAACUCCUGGGAUAUAUGAUACAGAAGUUACGUAACAAUAAUUUAUGGGAUUCCCUUAACGUCAUCGUUACAAGUGAUCAUGGAAUGACGUCAGUGGAUGUCGAUAACAAGUUGGUUAAUAUCAAUGACUACGUACCUGACAACACAGUGAAAAUGGUUCCUAGAGAUGGCGCUGUGAUCCAGAUCAUACCGGAAGAUGGACAGGAAGACGUGGUUUUCCAGGCCAUCAAAGAUAAGGAGGGUGAGAUGCACGUGACAGUUUAUAAGAAGAAGGAUAUACCGGAACACUACCACUAUAAAAACAACCGCCGUGUGACACCAAUUGUUGCUAUUGCUGAAGAGGGUUGGUUAAUCGUCGAUAAAACACAGAAGUACUCUAAACCACGCCCAUUUGGUGGCCAUGCUUACGACAAUCGAUUGAUGUCGAUGAAGCCACUCUUUCUGGCACAUGGACCCAACUUUAAAGCGAACUACAAUCAAGAGUCUAUUGAGAAUGUUGACAUAUACCCUUUAAUUUGUAAGUUGUUAGGCGUGAAUGCUGCUCCUAACAAUGGUAGUCUUAGCAACACUGAAGAUAUGCUAGAAGUUAAUGAAUAAAGAGUAGAAUCUAUGGGACCUGUUUCAUGAAAAUCUAACUGAGAUAAAAUCCAAAUUUAAGUAAUUUGAUUGGAUAACAUUAGAUUGUUUUUAGUGCUUAGCCAAUCAAAAUUUAAGUAUCUACUAAAAUUUGGAUUUUAUCUUUAGUUAAGAUUUCGAGUAACAGGGCCCUGGGGCCUGUUUCGCAAAAUUUUAACUAAGAUAAAAUCCAAAUUUAUGUAAUUUGAUUGGAUAAUAUUAUAUU